CUGAGCCACAAAUCGAAACACGAUGAAGUAUACCGCUUUCCUCGUUGCUCUGGCGCCUCUUUUCGGCGCUGUCCUGGCAGAUGAUGUCGCUGAUGGCGCUUGUGUUUGGUCGUGCAUGAACCAAGCCCUUAAGUAUAGCAGCUGCACCGACGUAAAGAAUCUAUCGUGUAUCUGCGUCGAUCCGGAUUUCUUCAACGAGUGCUCGGAAUGCAUUGGGGCUGUUUGCAGUGAGACUGCUCUCAAGUAUGCUACUGAUGCCAAGGAUGUCGAGUGUGCCAAUAUCUAG